CCGUGAGGUCGAAAGCUUCGACAUAAAAUAAAUACAGUGUUCUUGUUUAAAUAAUACAAGGCUUAUAGAGACUUUGUUAUAUAUAUAUUCACUAUAUUAUCCAAGUUAUUUCAUUUUACAUACUUAGUUUCCCAAAGUUGUGAACUUGUUUCUAUAAUAUAUCUUAUUACCAGUAUAUCCUAAAGUAUGUGAUAGUAAAUAUUUGUGACAUACAUGUCUAACUGUGAUAUUUAAGUAAUAUAUGAAAUAACUGUGAUAUUUAAGCAAUAUACUAAAUACCAUAGAGUAACAUUUAACCAUAUUUUAAGUGUUAGGUAGUUGCUGAUCUGUUUCCUUCAAAACUAGUCUGAGAUGAUACGCUUUUUUAAGACCUUUUAUUUUGCCGCGCUUUUGUGUUCCUUUUUAUUGUCAUAUCUUAAUUCAUAUUAUUUUUACGGCAGUUUUUAGACCAAAGGUUUUGUUCAGCAGCAAUCUCACGAAUACUUUUAGUAAUAAUUGUUAUGUAGAUUUGAUUUAUAACUGGUAUAUUAUGUGUUUUAAACCUGAAUAAAAAUCAAUCAAUCAAUCAAUCAUAUAUAUAGUUUUGUUUCACAUUAUUGUUUUGGUGUGUAUUUACCUUAAAUUAUACUGGUUUUAUGUGUUCAAAUUUAAUAUCAACACCCAAUAGGCCUGGGAUAUUCACUCUCUAUUUAAUAACCCUUCUGAUCAAUACGCUAUGUAUCAACUACAAACAUUCGUUGUUUUAAAACGUGUUCUUGUAAAAGUUUGUUUGCACCAUUAUACAUUUACACUUAUUGUCUUGUAGAGAGAUUAUUAGUAAUAUGCAAUGGAGAUAUUGGAUCUUAAUAAUCUUGUAUUUGUUUAUUAUUUAUUUACACGCGGACUCCACCGAGUGACUGAAAAUGCGACAGUAGCAAAAUGAGUGAGAAAAAGGAACAAAUACCGCCCAUUCCGAAACCAAGACAAUUCAGGACUACGAGUAAUUCAAACACUAAACACACUGUACCUGUACAUAUACUGGAUGAAUCACUGACGGUAACAAGUAACCAAGAUCAGAAAAGUCAACCACUGACUCCUGGCGCUGAAGGGACAAGUGUUGACACCGACAGCAAUCAGAGAGACCCACCUUCUGGGCCUAGUACCAAUAAAGGCAAACUGCAAAUCUUUGAUCUGGAUGAGUCAACAACAAAUCCGGCACACGUCGAUGAACACACGAAGGCUACAUCUUCUAGCAAUGCCGAAAACACACACAGCGAUAGUCAUGGCAACCUUAGAAGAGGAGCAAAGGUAAAUGAUGACAAAUCCGACAGUGAUGGUAUUGAUCCGGAAACUUUUGAAAACAUCUUUAGACUCAAUAAAAAGGAUUCUGACAAUGCAUUACUUCGUACCGGCACAGAAGACAAAGUCGGCCACCAAGAAGACAUAGACAAUGUACAUAAAGGACAAAGUGAUUAUGACCCAGAUGGUAUUGACAGUGGGCCGGCGUCCCAAUUUCGACCAAGGCCAACGGGUCGUCACAAAAAGACGGAAGAGAGAUGCGAAGGAAAUCCCGAUCUAUCACGAAGCUCUGUGAGGGAAAAACAUAACUUUUUCAAGUCUGUUAUUGAAAAACAGGUUAGCGAAACUGAACCGAAAGCAAUCUUGCGUCCUAAAAAACAAAAACCGAGCUUCCGUGGGGAUCAAAGACAGUCUGGCAUUGGUCAAAGUAGAAAAACAGAUGACGCAGACAACAUAGACGCUGGGCCUGCACUUCUAUCCAGAGAACUACCGAAGGUCGUCCAACAGGAAAACAGGGGAGAUAUUGACCGAUCUUCAAUGACUCUUACGGACAAAAAGGCGUUCUUCGCAUCUAUGAUUGAUAAACAAGCUAGCGAUGUCGUUGAUUCACAAGCAUCGGAUGUUGUCCAGCGUCCAAAAAGAUGCGAGCCGCUUGUACAAUCAAAACGUAUUUCAACUGACAAUAAAGCAGCCAGAUACGAACGUGAAGGAAACUUGCUGUGUGAAACUAAAGACUCGUAUGCUAAAAUAUGGAUUAGCGAAAGUGGGAAUCGCAUGUCUGAGGACAUGAAAGCAUACCUGAAAAAGUCAAACGCUAUGGUGACGGUGGCCAUCGACUUCGGAACGACUUUCAGCGGGUGUGUAUUUUCGAUGAGAGACAAUCCGGGAAAAAUAUACAUUCUCAAUGCCCAGGGAGGAGCUAGUUCAAAGGUUCCGACUGCAAUACUUUAUGACCCACGCAGAAAGAUGCACUCAUUCGGUUAUGAGGCUCUAGAACACUACGCAAGCAUAUCGUCUGCAGAUGAACGCUACAUUUGGAGGCUGUUCGAGCAAUUUAAAAUGAAGCUCUUUACCAGAAACACGUCAAUAAGCAAAAACUUUGAAAUAAAGGACAACCACGGUAAAACAAAACUGGCCCUUGAUAUAUUUGCUGAUGCACUGAGGUACAUGGCAGAACAUAUAAAGAAGGAAAUUCAUGCACGCGUACCGGGUUUUGACGAUGACAUACACUGGGUUAUUACAGUUCCUGCGAUUUGGAGCACAAUGUCUAGAACUUUCAUGCGGGUUGCGGCACAAAAGGCUGGUAUUCAAAAUGAGCGUUUAUCAUUGGCACUGGAACCCGAGGCUGCUGCGAUUUGUUGCAAAUGCGAAUCAUCUUUAGAAUUACAAGCAGGCAAAAGAUUCAUGAUUGUCGACAUUGGAGGCGGUACUACGGAUAUAGCUGUUUGUGAAGUAAAUGAGGGCACUUCCCUUAAAGAACUGCAUCAGCCGUCGGGUGGUGACUUUGGUGGUAUUAAUGUCGACCAAAAGUUUAUCGAGCUUUUUAUAGAGAUAUUUGGAGAAGACGUGUUGACAGAAUUCAAAGAUAAACAAACCAAAUCAUAUAUGGAAAUGAUGGCUGACUUUGAAUUAAAGAAGCGCUUGUUUGAAGGCACCAACACUUGUCAGAUUAAAGUGGACCCAAUAUUACUGGAAAUGUGCAAUAAAAGCACUGGUAUUGAUGUAGUUUCCAUUAUGAAAGAGUCGCCAUUGUCGCAAAGGGUUGAGUGGAAAUUCGGAAAAUUGAUUUUGCGUACCGAAACAGUUAAAUGCUUUUUUGAUGUUGUCAUAGACAAAAUACUUGAAGCUAUAAAGUGUAUACUAGCAAAAGUUGAAAAAAUUGACACUAUUAUAUUAGUAGGAGGGUUCUCAGAGUCGCCAUAUCUCUGCAGUCGAUUGGAAAAGAAUUUUCCAGGCAAGAUAUCCAAGGUGGAGGAUCCAGUGCUAGCCGUGAUAAAAGGAGCCGUGCUUAUUGGGAGGGAUCCUUAUGCAAUCGCUUCGCGUGUUUGCGAAUACACUUACGGCAUUGCUGGAACGAUGAAAUAUAAGUCACACCAUCCGGGGAAAAAUAGGUUUGAUUUAAAUGGUGUAGCGAUGUGUGACAAUUGUUUCUUCAAGCAUAUAGAAAUUGGUACUGAAGUCAGUGUACACGACGAAGAGAAUGCAGUGGAACACGAGUAUUUCCCAAGCACAGGUGUCCAAACACAGGCCAUCCUAGAGGUGUAUGCAAGCACCGAUAAAGACCCAGAGUAUAUUGAUGACACGUGUCACUUGGUGGGCUUUAUCAAAGUAGAUAUCGAUCCAAGAGGAGACUUCUGGGCAAAGAUCCUGGUCAAGAUGUUCUUUGGGGGAACGGAAAUCAAAGUUGUGAUAACCGACGUGAAGAAUGGAAAGGUUCAACGAGGGUCGGUCGACUUCUGGGGUUGAAGUUCAUUUGCCACGGAUUGCAUGACUUCGUUUAAAUAAUCAGUGAUUUAUAUUUUUUCAAGUAGCAAAUGCUGUUAGGCCGUACUAAGAGUGACAGCAAGGGUUGUGGACUGAGAUGAAAGCAUCAAGCAAAAGAAAACAUCACAAAUAUAGAUGGUGAUGAGUUUGGGAUUUGUAUCGACCUCUGCACACCAUUGCUUAUGUGUACAUAAAUCUAAUAAUUGUAUAAAUAUAUAUAUUUUAAGCAGAACAUUGUACUCAAUCAUAUUAGUUUUAUUCCCAUUUGAACAAAAUGUCUAUCAAUAUACCAACCAUAAACGUAUACGGAUUCAUCAUUACAAAGUUCUCGUGUUAUUGUUCUUGUUCAGACAAUACAAGUCUGAAUACGCUUACAUAAAAUAUAUCAGUAAACCAUUUACUUGUGUACCUUACUUAAAUAUACACACAUAGACUGAAGUAUUGACAGCGUUCAUCUGUGCUAGUCUUAAACUUUAUGUAUACAUAUGUUAUAUACCAGGACCUUAUUCCUUUUUAAUUUAAAAACAGGCCAUUUAAUGGUUGCUACAUUACUUGUUUAAACGUUGUAUACAUGCACAUAUGCAAUUGACGUGUUAUAAUGUACAUGUAUUAAAAGUUGUUAUGAUGGGAUUUACAUUAGAUAAAUACUAUAUUAUUAUAAUAAAAAAUAUUACAACAA